AUGAGACAGUUAUAUUUAUGGUUGUUAGCUGUAUUAAUAUUUCUCUUGUCAUCGGCAAAGUGUUCCGAUUUGGGGAGGGAUGGUUUUAAUUUCUAUAAAGAUUAUCUCCGCGCUCGGUCAGAUGACAACAUAGAAGAAGAACCAUUACCCGAACGAAUGAGUUAUUUUUAUCGGACACCAGUUCAGAUAUACUCUGGUCUACUGCCAAAUGCUGAUCUAGCGUAUAGAAAAAGGACAGGAAAUGUGUUCAAAAAUCGCAUGCUAAAUAAAGAAGUAUGGAUUGGUGAGGCACCGAAUAAACGCUCAUCCAAGACUGCAUUAUCAUUAAUGUUACAUAGCAAACAACCAUAUCACACGGCAAACAAUAUUUCUGGAGAAGACUUGGAAUCAUAUGUAUAA